AUGCCGACACAGUUCUCGACCCUAAAAGCCUUCAAGAAAGCAUCAGCGCGUUCGCCAGUCCCACUCUUGUUGGCUUCGCUCGCGUCUUUCCUGCAUGCCGCGUAUAUCUGCUUCGAGCUGGUGUUUUACCACAUCACGCAGCUGUACCUGAUCGCGCAGCAGCAAGCAUCGAACGAGAGGAACGGGAUCGAGGAUCCGGCGGUCAAGCUGUGGAGUUCUGCCGCUCCUCCAAAGCGCUCGUAUUUGAUGCAUGCAAGACCAAGAAGUCAAGUCGACAAGAACCCCAUACUCCUCCGCGAGUUCCACAACGACACCCUAAUCGCGACGCACAUGCUAGAGAAAAGCAUAGAUGCGAAAAACUACGUGAAGCAGAUAAACGCGGCAUGCAGGAAAGUCAUUUUGGCGGUCACGCAGAGUACAAAUUGCAAAAUACUCCCAGACCGGGCGUGAACUCUCCAUGCAUAAUACUCUCCGAAACAACUACGCACAUCGUCAACCUCCCCUAUUCUGCAACUACGCAGACAAAAUAUUUGUGAGGAUUCCUUGAAACUCAAGCAGGCGGACGAUGGGAACAUUUCACCCUCGCGUCCCUCACACAGCCGAUAUCUUCAAACCCUAGUAACGGCCGUUUUAAACGGACCGACUUUAUUGUCAAAAUUGUCGACAUUUGUCUUUCUAAAACUUGGAACCUGUGUUAAGCGCCUCUCCUGCGACUAUUCCGUGAAAACCAAACGCUCGUCGUUACAUCAACUCCACACACAAAAAAAAAAAAAAACCAACCGAUGUAAAGUUAGUGCCCGCGGAAUCCACCGCGCAGCUGGUACCGGUUCCCCUUCCCCUUCUCACACGCCCACACCAGAAGUCCCUCGGCGUCCCGAUGUCCCUCGGUGCAGUGGCAUGGCGAAGAGAUACACGAUGGCUUUGCUGUUGUGUCUUUGGCCCCACGAUCCCCUGCAGCUGUCGAAUUGAGCUCCUCCAGGCAUGCCAGCUGCUGAACUGCACACAGUGAUCUCUUUCGCUCACACAGAGCUGCUCACGCAGAGCUCCAACUCACACACAGCCCCAGCUCACAAACAGCUUCGUCAUGGCUUAAACACAGCCCCAGCCACACAGGGCUCUAGCCCACACAUGGCUUCAAGCGGCUCUAGCUUACACAGAGCUUUGACCCUACCCGCUCCUACAGCGGGUCGAUCGAGUU